UGAAUUACAGCGCAUGAAUGCACCCAAGGCCAGAGUGUGGAUCUUGAACUGUUAGUGAACUGUGUCCGUGGGGGCGGAGCCAGCUAUUAGGGGAGGAACCAGUAAGGAGGGGAGAGGACGUCUUGUUAAGGAAAUACAACCUAAGGUUCAUUGAAACCAAAGCCACCCGACGUGGAAGCAGUAGUCUCUGUUAGGAGAAAAAUAAAUCGCAUUUUGGAAAAAAUUGUCUGAGAGACAGAAACCACGAAACGGAAUGGCCUCUGCUAACACUUCCUGGUCUGAAGAGAACUUUUCAUGUCCCAUCUGUCUGGAUGUGUUCAGCAGCCCAGUUACCACACCAUGUGGACACAACUUCUGCAGAACCUGUAUUACAAAGUUUUGGGAUGAACAAGUCCGGUACAAAUGUCCUGUUUGCAACAAGAUUUUCAACACAAGACCUGAACUACAGGUGAAUAUCCUCUUAUCAGAGCUGGCCUCUCAGUUUAGAACAUUCCUACGAGUAAAAGAGCAGCAUUGUGUGGAAACAGGAGAAGUUCCCUGUGACGUCUGUACUGGGACCAAGCUGAAGGCUGUGAAGUCCUGCCUAGUGUGUCUUAUCUCUUACUGCCAAACCCACCUGGAGCCACAUCAGAGAGUCGCAGUCCUGAAGAAACAUCGGCUGGUCGAGCCUAUGGACCGUCUGGGAGACAUGAUGUGUAAGAAACACGACCGACUUCUGGAGCUCUUCUGCCAGACUGAACAGGUGUGUGUGUGUCAGCUCUGCACAGAGACAGACCACAAGUCCCAUCCUGUUGUACCUCUAAAGGAGGAAUAUGAAGUGAAGAUGGCCCAGCUGGGGAAGAUAGAGGCUGAAGUCCAGCAGAUGAUCCAGGAGAGACUAAAUAAUAUUCAGGAGAUUAAAGACACAGUUAACCGCAGCAAAGCAGAUGCAGACAGAGCGAUAGCCGAUGGUGUGCACGUCCUCACUGCUCUGAAGCGCUCCAUUAAAAAGUACCAGGAUGACGUCAACCGAAUGGUUAAAGAGAAACUGAAAUCCACUGAGAAACAAGCUGAAGACCUCAUCAAAGAGCUGGAGCAGGAAAUAGAAGAUCUGACCAAUAGAAGCUCAGAGGUGAAGCGGCUCUCACACACUGAAGACCACCUCCACUUCCUCCAGGCCUUCAGAUCCCUGAAGGAUCCUCCACCCACCAGGGACUGGACCACGGUGGAGGUCCGUCCUCCGUCAUACGUAGGGACCUUGAGGAGAUCCGUGGAUCAGCUGGAGGAGACACUGAACAUGGAGAUUAAGAAGCUGCGUGAUGCUGAGUUGAAGAGGGUCCAGCAGUAUGAAGUAGAUGUGACUCUGGAUCCUGAUACAGCUCAUCCCCGUCUCAUCCUUUCUGAGGAUGGGAAACAAGUACAUGAUGGAGGUGUGAGGAGGGAACUCCCAGACAACCCUAAGAGAUUACCAAAAAACAUAUGUGUUCUCACGAGGCAGAGCUUCUCCUCAUGUAGAUUUUACUUUGAGGUCCGGGUUAAAGACAAGACUGCGUGGUAUAUAGGAGUGGUCAGAGAGUCCAUCGACAGAAAAGAUCUGAUCAUAGUGACCCCUGAGACGGGUUACUGGACUCUCUUCUCCUACAAGGAUAGGUUGGUAUUUAAUGAUAACCCUGAUGUCCGUCUCCCUCUGAGAGCUGAGCUCCAGAAGGUGGGGGUGUUUGUUGAUUAUGAUGAGGGUCUGGUCUCCUUCUAUGAUGUGGAAGCCAGGGUUCAUAUCUACUCUGCUACUGGCUGCAGUUUUACUGAGCCUCUCUAUCCACUCCUCUGUCCAUGGUCCUGGAGAUAUGGAGGUAACAACUCUGCUCCCCUGAUCAUCUCACCUGUCAAUCAAACAGACUGUCGUCUGUGUCUAGGAAUGGCCUCUGCUAACACUUCCGGGUCUGAAGAGAACUUUUCAUGUUGCAUCUGUCUAGAUGUGUUCAACAGCCCAGUUUCCACACCAUGUGGACACAACUUCUGCAGAACCUGUAUUACAAAGCACUGGGAUGAACAAGUCACGUUCAAAUGUCCUCUUUGCAACAUGGCUUUCAACACAAGACCUGAUUUACGGAUUAAUACCCUCUUAUCAGAGCUGGCCGCUCAGUUUCAAACAUCCAUACGAGUAAAAGAUCAGCUCUGUGUUAAACCCGGAGAAGUUCCCUGUGACGUCUGUACUGGGACCCAGCUGAAGGCCAUGAAGUCCUGCCUAGUGUGUCUUAUGUCUUUCUGCCAAGCCCACCUGGAGCCACAUCUGAGAGUCGAAGUCCUGAAGAAACAUCGGCUGGUCGAGCCUAUGGACCGUCUGGAAGAAAGGAUGUGUAAGAAACACAAUCAACCUCUGGAGCUCUUCUGCCAGACUGAACAGGUGUGUGUAUGUCAGUUCUGCACAGAGACAGACCACAAGUCCCAUCCUGUUGUACCUCUAACGGAGGAAUAUGAAGUGAAGACGGCCCAGCUGGGUAAGAUAGAGGCUGAAGUCCAGCAGAUGAUCCAGGAGAGACUAAAUAAUAUUCAGGAGAUUAAAGACACAGUUAACCGCGGCAAAGCAGAUGCAGACAGAGAGAUUGCCGAUGGUGUGCACGUCCUCGCUGCUUUGAAGCGCAGCAUUAAAAAGUGCCAGGAUGACCUCAAGCAAAUGGUUAAAGAGAAACUGAAAUCCACAGAGAAACAAGCUGAAGACCUCAUCAAAGAGCUGCAGCAGGAAAUAGAAGAUCUGACCAAUAGAAGCUCAGAGGUGAAGCAGCUCUCACACACUGAAGACCACCUCCACUUCCUCCAGACCUUCAGAUCCCUGAAGGAUCCUCCACCCACCAGGGACUGGACCACGGUGGAGGUCCGUCCUCCGUCAUACGUAGGGACCUUGAGGAGAUCCCUGGAUCAGCUGGAGGAGACACUGAACAUGGAGAUGAAGAAGCUGCGUGAUGAUGCUGAACUGAAAAGGGUCCAGCAGUAUUCAGUAGAGGUGACUCUGGAUCCUGAUACAGCUCACCCCCGUCUCAUCCUGUCUGAGGAUUGGAAACAAGUACAUGAUGGAGGUGUGUGGAAGGAACUUCCAGACAACCCUAAGAGAUUUACAAAAAAGAUACGUGUGCUCACGAGGCAGAGCUUCUCAGGGAGAUUUUACUUUGAGGUCCAGGUUAAAGACAAGACUCGAUGGUAUGUAGGAGUGGCCAGAGAGUCCAUCAACAGAAAAGAUCUGAUCAUAGCGACCCCUGAGACAGGUUACUGGACUCUUUACUUCAACAAGGAUGAGUUUGUAUUCAAUGAUGACUCUGAUGUCCGUCUCCCUCUGAGAGCUGAGCUCCAGAAGGUGGGGGUGUUUGUUGAUUAUGAUGAGGCAACUCGCGCUCCAGACAUCCACCAGCACGCAAUUUCCGGCGUGUGGGUUGAUGUUUCUGUCUGCAGCGGAAGUGCGUGUGGGUGGAUGUCUGCAGCCAGACCCCUCUCUCAUAACUUUUCAUGUUGCAUCUGUCUAGAUGUGUUCAACAGUCCAGUUUCCACACCAUGUGGACACAACUUCUGCAGAACCUGUAUUACAAAGCACUGGGAUGAACAAGUCACGUUCAAAUGUCCUCUUUGCAACAUGGCUUUCAACACAAGACCUGAUUUACGGAUUAAUACCCUCUUAUCAGAGCUGGCCGCUCAGUUUCAAACAUCCAUACGAGUAAAAGAUCAGCUCUGUGUUAAACCGGGAGAAGUUCCCUGUGACGUCUGUACUGGGACCAAGAUGAAGGCUGUGAAGUCCUGCCUAGUGUGUCUUAUCUCCUACUGCCAAACCCACCUGGAGCCACAUCAGAGAGUCGCAGUCCUGAAGAAACAUCGGCUGGUCGAGCCUAUCGACCGUCUGGAAGACAGGAUGUGUAAGAAACACGACCGACUUCUGGAGCUCUUCUGCCAGACUGAACAGGUGUGUGUGUGUCAGUCCUGCACAGAGACAGACCACAAGUCACAUCCUGUUGUACCUCUAAAGGAGGAUUAUGAAGUGAAGAUGGCCCAGCUGGGGAAGAUAGAGGCUGAAGUUCAGCAGAUGAUCCAUGAGAGACUAAAUAAUAUUCAAGAGAUUAAAGACACAGUUUACCGCAGCAAAGCAGAUGCAGACAGAGAGAUAGCCCAUGGUGUGCAGAUCCUCACUGCUCUGAAGCGCUGCAUUGAAAAGUGUCAGGAUGACCUCAACCAAAUGGUUAAAGAGAGACUGAAAUCCACUGAGAAAAAAGCUGAAGACCUCAUCAAAGAGCUGGAGCAGGAAAUAGAAGAUCUGACCAAUAGAAGCUCAGAGGUUAAGCAGCUGUCAAACACUGAAGACCACCUCCACUUCCUCCAGGCCUUCAGAUCCGUGAAGGAUCCUCCACCCACCAGGGACUUGACGACAGUGGACGUCCUUCCUCCGUCAUACGCAGGGACCUUGAGGAGAUCCCUGGAUCAGCUGGAGGAGACACUGAACAUGGAGAUGAAGAAGCUGCGUGAUGCUGAACUGGAGAGGGUCCAGCAGUAUGAAGUAGAUGUGACUCUGGAUCCUGAUACAGCUCAUCCCUGUCUCAUACUCUCUGAGGAUGGGAAACAAGUACAUGAUGGAGGUGUGAGGAAGAAACUCCCAGACAACCCCAAGAAAUUUAGACUGGGUAGAUGUGUUCACACGAGGCAGAGCUUCUCAGGGAGAUUUUACUUUGAGGUCCAGGUUAAAGACAAGACUGGAUGGGGGUUGGGAGUGGCCAGAGAGUCCAUUGACAGAAAAGAUUGGAUCAUUUUGACCCCUAAGACGGGUUACUGGACUCUUUACUUCAACAAGGAUGGUUUGGUAUUUAAUGAUGACCCUGCUGUCCGUCUCCCUCUGAGAGCUGAGCUCCAGAAGGUGGGGGUGUUUGUUGAUUAUGAUGAGGGUCUAGUCUCCUUCUAUGAUGUGGAAGCCAGGGUUCAUAUCUACUCUGCUACUGGCUGCAGCUUUACUGAGUCUAUCUAUCCAUUCCUCUGCCCAGGCAACCAUGAUUAUGGAGGUAACAACUCUGCCCCCCUGAUCAUCUUACCUGUCAAUCAAACAGAUUAGGAACUUUGUUUGAUAAUAAAAUAAUCAAACGACCAAAUCAACUAAUGUUGUUUCCUGAAUUAGAAUCUCAACCAUGUGAGAUCUGAGAGAACUGUAUUCAUAUCCUACUGCUGUCAUAAAACAAGGAGUAAUUCAUUAGGAAGUGAACCCUGACUAUUAUAAAUGAUAACCCAUUCUAAAUUAUUAGAUAACAUUAUGUUCUUCAUUGUCUGUUUUCUCCAGUCUUUUAAGGUCUACUGCUAUACAAUUGUUAGUGGUUGCAGUCAGGUAUAGCAUGGUUUCAGGAUUGACGUGUAUUUCGUAAUCAUCUGAACAUUAUUGUUAGUUUAUACUUCGGAAUCAUAAAUGACAAUAUAAUCAAAUGUAAAAAUACUUUUCUGAUGUUAUUAAAAAUGGAAAAACAG